CCCUGGCUGGGAGCUGCCUUCGCAUCGAAAGAUGCCAGUGAGGCUCUCCACGGCCCUGCGUGUGUUUGGGACCAGCCUCUUUGCCGUGGGGGUCCUGGGAGGCAUCCUGGCUGCCUACGUGACCGGCUACCAGUUCAUCCACACCGAGAAGCACUACCUCUCCUUCGGGCUCUAUGGGGCCAUCCUGGGCCUGCACCUCUUCACCCAGAGCCUCUUUGCCUUCCUGGAGCACCGGCGCAUGCGGCUGGAAGGCCGGCCCCUGAAGCUGCCGGGCGCCGUGGCCCUCUGCAUCGCUGCCUACCAGGAGGACCCCGACUACCUCCGCAAAUGCCUGCGCUCCGUCCAGCGCAUCUCCUUCCCGGACCUCAAGGUGGUGAUGGUGGUGGACGGGAACGGGGAGGACGAUGCCUACAUGUUGGACAUCUUCAACGAGGUCAUGGGCUCCGACCGGACGGGCUGCUACGUCUGGAAGAGCAACUUCCACGCCCGGGGCCAGGGCGAGACGGAGGGCGGGCAGCGCAAGGCCAUGCGCCACGUCCAGAGCCUCGUCCGCCACAACACCUACUCCUGCAUCAUGCAGAAGUGGGGCGGCAAGCGGGAGGUGAUGUACACGGCCUUCCGCGCCCUGGGAGACUCCGUGGACUACGUACAGGUGUGUGACUCUGACACAGUCCUGGAUCCGGCCUGCACGGUGGAGAUGCUGCGCAUCUUGGAGGAGGAUCCCCGCGUUGGUGGCGUUGGCGGAGAUGUCCAGAUCCUCAACAAGUACGACUCGUGGAUCUCCUUCCUGAGCAGCGUGCGCUACUGGAUGGCGUUCAACGUGGAGCGGGCCUGCCAGUCCUACUUCGGCUGCGUCCAGUGCAUCAGCGGCCCGCUGGGCAUGUACCGCAACUCCCUGCUGCAGCAGUUCCUGGAGGACUGGUACCACCAGACCUUCCUGGGCAGCAAGUGCAGCUUCGGAGACGACCGGCACCUCACCAACCGCGUGCUGAGCCUGGGCUACCGGACGAAGUACACGGCCCGCUCCAAGUGCCUGACGGAGACGCCCACCCGCUACCUGCGCUGGCUCAACCAGCAGACGCGCUGGAGCAAGUCCUACUUCCGGGAGUGGCUCUACAACGCCCUCUGGUUCCACAAGCACCACCUCUGGAUGACCUACGAGUCGGUGGUGACGGGCUUCUUCCCCUUCUUCCUCAUCGCCACGGUCAUCCAGCUCUUCUACCGCGGCCGCGUCUGGAACAUCCUGCUCUUCCUGCUGACCGUGCAGCUGGUGGGCAUCGUCAAGGCCACCUACGCCUGCUUCCUGCGGGGCAGCGCCGAGAUGAUCUUCAUGUCGCUCUACUCCCUGCUCUACAUGUCCAGCCUGCUGCCGGCCAAGAUGUUCGCCAUCGCCACCAUCAACAAGUCCGGCUGGGGCACCUCCGGCCGCAAGACCGUGGUGGUCAACUUCAUCGGCCUCAUCCCCGUGUCCGUCUGGGUGGCCGUGCUCCUGGGCGGGCUGGCCUACACCGCCUACUGCCAGGACCUCUUCACCGACACGGAGCUGGUCUUCCUCAUCUCGGGAGCCAUCCUGUACGGCUGCUACUGGGUGGCGCUGCUCACCCUCUACCUGGCCAUCGUGGCCCGGCGCUGCAGCAAGCCCCAGGAGCAGUACGGCUUGGCCUUUGCCGAGGUGUGACGCUGGGCAGGAGCCCGGGAGGGAGCAGGGA